UUUCCAUCCAAAGAAAAGUAUCUCUUUAAAAAAGAUUUCUUUCCCUUUUGAAGAUGAAGACGCAGAUGACAACGAGAACCGGCCUUGUUGAACCACCUCGAUCUCUUCCUCGGACAACCCGCAGAUGACAUCAAGAACCGGCCUUGUUGAACCAAGUAUUUGCAUUCACGGGUCAUUGCAAGCAUUUGCAUCCAUGGCCUGGACGGCAAUCAUUGCAAGCGGCAGCGGCUGGAUGCAUUUGGCCGAUGAUCGUACUCCUGGACGACGCCUGACGGCGGGCCACGGGACGGCAGUGACACAGGGCGUGCGGCCGCAGACGGAUGGAUCUAUGGAGGUGUGAGAAUGGAGGCUAGGGUCAGAGAAAAGAGUAGGAGGUGAGAGUUUUAUAGAUAUAAUCUAAAGGGUAUAUUUGUCCACCUAUAUUAUAUAUACUAGUAUUUAUUUAAUUAUUACGAAUUUAAUUAAAUCUUAAUAUUAUUUUGGUAAAAAACUAGUCAAGUCAUAGAUUGAAAAAGUGAAGAAGUUUUAGUCAUAUCUAGAGUAAUUAUCUCUUUAUUUUAAGGCACCAAAACUGCACAUUUAAUGGUGAAUCAAGCUGACCCACCUUUGAAGUGAUUAAAAACUAAUGUUUUCGUGAAUUGGCUGUCCAUUAUAUCCUCUCUUUUUUACAUCCACUACCCUACUCUUACUUUCUAAACUCAUAACUCUUUGAUUACCGUAAUCCUUUCUUCGAAUUCUCUCAAUUUUGAACUAAAUCAGAAGUUGAAGAGUGAAGACACAGAUUAAUGCCGAGGCGAUUAGUCUUAACUGUUACUGUUAAGAAGUGCAGCUAAUAGUACCCAAAUUGACUACUUUUUAGUACUGACGAUUUGGAGAACUAGCUACACUGAUUGUAAGGUUAUCCCAGGUGAGAGUGAUGUCACUCAACAUAGGAUGCUUGUGCUUGAUUUUCAAGGUAAAAAGAGAAGGAGGGUUAAGGUACAAGGGAAGCCAAAAAUAAAGUGGUGAGGGUAGAGGGGAAUCUACCAACAAACGUUUACGCAGAAAAUGUUGGAGGAAUGUAUGGUCCAUUGAUAAUGACGCACAUAUGGAUGAUGUGUGGUUAUCAAUGGAGUCCACCUUUAACAAAGUGGCGAAAGAGAUAUUGGGAGAAUCUAAAGGAUGUCUACCACCAAAAAAGGACACAUCUUGGUGGAAUGAUGAGGUGAAACAAGCAAUAAGGAUCAAAAGGGAAUGCUAUAAGAAAUUGGGCAAAAGUUGGAGCGACGAGAACAUAGAGGAGUACAAGGAGGCUAGAAAAAGAGCAAAGAAAACUGUAAAAGAAGCAAGAGGAAAAGUGAACAAGGAAUUGUAUGCAAAAUUGAACUCUAAGGAAGGAGAAAAAGAUAUUUAUAGACUUGCUCGUCUUCGUGACCGUAGGACUCAGGAUAUAGGAAAAGUUAAGUGUGUGAAGGAUGUUGAUCAAAGGGUACUAAUGGAGGACGGGGAGAUAAAAGAGAGGCGGAGGUCAUACUUUGAUACACUAUUCAAUGGUAACAAAGCGCGAUAUAUCAGUGAUUUGACCAUAUCAGAUUGUAUGGUAAAUCGUGAUUUUGUGAGAAGGAUCCAAACAACGGAAGUUAAGGAGGCUCUGAGGAAGAUGGGACGGAAGAAAGCAGUGGGUCCAGAUGACAUACUGAUCGAGGCUUGGAGAAGUUUGGGAGAGAGAGGUGUCGAGUGGUUAACAAGUUUCUUCAACAUGAUUUGGAGAAACAACAAGAUGCCAACGAGUUGGAGGAAGAGUACUCUUAUCCCCUUAUUCAAGAAUAAAGGUGAUGUACAAGAAUGUGCCAACUAUCGAGGGAUUAAGCUUAUGAGUCACACCAUGAAACCUUGGGAGGGAGUGAUUGAGCAAAGACUUCGAAGAACUGUGAAGAUUUCAGAGAAUCAAUUCGGUUUUAUGCCUGGUCGCUCAACAAGUAAGGCCAUUCACCUUCUUCGGCAACUUAUAAAGAAGUAUAGAGACAGUCACAAGGAUCUGCAUUUGGUGUUCAUUGACUUAGAAAAGGCUUAUGAUAGGGUACCUCAAGAAGUUCUUUGGUGGUCCUUAAUUAGAAAAGGCAUAUCACGCGAGUAUAUCAGCAUCAUCAUGGAUAUGUAUGAGGAUUGUACUACAAGUGUCAGUACUAAUGUAGGAGGACUGCGGAGUUCCAUAUUACUAUCGAAGUGCACCAAGGAUCGGCUCUGAGCCCUUUCUUAUUUUCCAUAGUCAUGGAUGAACUUACAAAGUCAAUUCAAGACGAAAUACCGUGGUGCAUGAUGUUUGCCGACAAUAUUGUAUUGAUUGAUGAGACGCAAUCAGGUCUUACAGCAAAGUUGGAAGUAUGACGACAAACAUUGGAGAACAAGGGUUUCAGACUAAGUCGGAGUAAGACAGAGUACAUGGAGUGCAUGUUUAGUGGAGGUAGAAUCUGUGGUAAUAGUGGAAUUACUCUACAUGGUAAGGAGAUACCGAUCAGUGAUAUGUUUCGUUACUUGGGCUCCACAAUUCAGAAGGAUGGUGAGUUAGAUGGAGAUGUAUUGCAUAGAAUCAGAACAGGAUGGAUGAAGUGGAAGAGUGCGUCAGGAUUUCUAUGUGAUAGAGGUAUGCCGACUAGACUGAAGGCUAAAUUUUAUAGGACAACAAUUAGGCCUGCAUUGUUGUAUGGCGUAGAGUACUGUUGGGCGGUGAAACAAUGUCACAUUCAAAAGAUGAGUGUGGCAGAGAUGUGCAUGCUGCGUUGGAUGUGUGGGCAUACUAGGAAGGACCACGUGAGAAAUGAGACAAUCAGACAAAGGGUGGGAGUAGCAGCUAUUGAAGACAAGAUGCGGGAGUCACGCCUACGGUGGUUUGGUCAUGUGCGUAGAAGACCGAGUGAUGCACCUGUCAGACAUGUUGAGAUGUGUGGAGAAGAGGCAUGGAAGAGAGGGAGAGAAGACCCAAACAAACGUGGGUUAAGGGAGUCCGAAGUGAUAUGCUUCUUCUUGGGUUGGAUGAGGGUAUGGCUUUGGAGAGAGCAAAGUGGAGGACGGGUAUUCGUGUGGAGGAUUGAUCUCGUAUUAUUAUUUCCCCUCAUUUUUCUUCUUCUUGUUUUUUAUUCUUUUAUUCUUAUAUAUAAACAUUAUUUUUAUCCUUUUUAUUUUAUCAUUUUUAGGUAUAUUCAUCUCUUUUUAUAUUAUCUUUUUUUAUAAUAGCUUAUCUUUUUUAUCUCUAUUUUCUUUCUUUUCCUUUUGGUGGUGAUAUCAUGUAUCGAUUCAUGUUAGCCGACCCCAAUACCGUUUGGGACUAAGGCUUGGAUGUUGUUGUUGUACUAAGAAAAGAAUUAUUGAAUGUAGUAACCAUAAAGCUUUUCACUGGGUAGAUCACGAGGAUGCUUUUACUUGGACGGUAAUCUGUCUCAAACCAGACCAGAUCAGAUCAGACCAGACGAGACUUGGAUAGUUAUAAAAAUACAAAGAGACUUGACUCUAUCAAAUUAGACCAGACCAGAUCAGA